UAUACCUCUAGCAGAUUUGCGAUUCAGAGAAGACCUUUCUGUUAUGGAGAGCACACUUUCUCUUAUCCAUACAAUGUUUCCCCAGGCAAACUUCAACACAGAUGAUUUGGAAGCAUGGAACAGUGUAGACAAUGUACUUGCAGAAGAGAACCCGAGUGCUGAAAAUGAACUAGCUAUAGAAAUUUCGGAAGAGGAGGAAGGUGAUACCGCUGUAGUUGUAGCUGUGCCGUUAAUAAAGCAUACUGACGCCAUCGACUGCUUUGAGAAGUGUAUCAAAUGGUCUGAAGAAAACAUCGUAGAACAGGAAAAAAUAUUUUUAUUGAAAAGCCUACAUCAAAAGGCACAGGAUCUCAAAAUUUCUCGCUCACAAAAGCAAAUGAGCAUAACAAAUUUCUUUUCAGUUGAAUAAUGCUCAUAUUUUUGUUAUAAAAUUCAACUUUUAUUAAUUUUAUUGUAUGCAUUUUCCAUUGUAUAUGAAUUUAUUUCAACCAAUGCUUAUGAAUUCAUGAAUAAAUAGUUAUUUUUAAACAUAUAUGUACCAAUAUUAAUUUAGUUUUCGUUUCCGAUACAACGAAUAUUUCAG